GUAAGGGGCGGGGAAGCUGCAGCCUCACCAGCACUGUGUGUGUGUAUUAUUGUAGGAGCUGCUGGGAAGAAAGGCAAAUAGGAGAUUAGAGUCUGUGCUUAUGGAUCCAUGAAGCCCACUCUCUUGCAUUUUACCAAUCCCCAAAUGUCAAAACAGCCUCUGUCGUAAUGAUCUUGGUUCUCCAGUGGCACCGAGAACAUGGAUGAUAAAUCCAAUAAGCUGCUGCUGGCCUUUGUAAUGGUCUUUCUGUUUGCAGUGAUUGUCUUGCAGUAUGUGUGCCCGGGCACGGAAUGCCAGCUCCUCAGGCUGCAAGCCUUCAGUACCUCCGUGGUGCCGGACCCAUACAGAGCAGAGGACGAGACCCCGGCCAAAUUCAUCCCCAAAUUCAAUUUCACGCCUGCUGAGCUUUUGAGAAAGGUAGAUUUCAACAUCAAGGGAGAUGAUCUGAUUGUGUUCCUGCACAUCCAGAAGACUGGGGGGACCACGUUCGGCCGCCACCUGGUCAGGAACAUCCAGCUGGAGCAGCCGUGCGAGUGCAAAGUGGGGCAGAAGAAGUGCACUUGUCACCGGCCGGGCAAGAAAGAAACCUGGUUGUUUUCCAGAUUCUCUACGGGAUGGAGCUGUGGGCUGCACGCUGACUGGACCGAGCUGACCAACUGUGUCCCUGCUCUACUGGACAAUAAGAAGGAGAUCAGGCAGAGACCCAGGAGAAAUUUUUACUAUAUAACGAUUCUUCGUGAUCCCGUGUCACGGUACCUGAGCGAAUGGAGGCACGUUCAACGAGGAGCGACAUGGAAGGCUUCGCUGCAUGUAUGCGAUGGGAGAUCUCCAACAUCUGAAGAGCUGCCCAGUUGCUACACAGGAGAUGAUUGGUCUGGCUGUUCUUUGAAAGAAUUCAUGGAUUGCCCUUACAAUCUGGCCAAUAACAGGCAAGUCCGCAUGCUGUCUGACCUAAUCCUUGUGGGAUGCUAUAAUCUGUCAGUGAUGCCCGAGGAUCAAAGGAACAAGGUUCUGCUAGACAGCGCCAAAGAAAAUCUAAAGCGUAUGGCUUUCUUUGGACUCACAGAAUUCCAGCGGAAAACCCAAUAUCUCUUUGAAAAAACUUUUAACAUGAACUUUAUCUCACCAUUUACUCAGUUCAACAGCACAAGGGCAUCUAGCGUAGAGAUCGACGAGCAGACCCAGAAGCGCAUCGAGGCACUCAACUUUCUAGACAUGGAAUUAUAUGAAUAUGCAAAAGACCUUUUCUUACAAAGAUACCAAUUCAUGAGACAAAAGGAACAUCAGGAAGCACGGAGGAAGCGACAGGAACAACGAAAAAUCCUCCGAGCUAAACAUCUUAUUCACAAGGAAGAGACAGACAACUCAACUAAUGAUUACAUAGGGAAUGUAGAGAAAUGGCGGUAGUACAGCCUCUGUUUUAAAGCCUCUAGGUGAACUAUACAACAGGAAUUAAAACAUUAAAAGAAACCAUUAGCGAGGAUGGGGUAGUCCAAAAGAUUUAAGCUUCAUAUACACUUUGAAGCAGAAGAUGCUUAUCAGUUGCCUUUGCAAAUGCUUUUGCAUUAAAUGUAAUUACUGUACAUGGGGACAUUUGAAUCUUGAUGUGAUUUCAUUGUGGCAGGUUAUUAAAGCUCCUAAGCACUGGAUUCCAUAGACCAGAUUAUUAAUGAAAACUGUAAUAUUUUAGUGCUUAAAUAUGACCAAUGAGAAUGAUACGUUUGGCCACGCUCUGAGUCCUUCUCAUUUUGCAGUAAAAGAUGUCUUGAAAAAAUCUGUAAAAGGAAUGGUAAUAAAAGAUAUAGAGGUACAACGUUCUUAUGAAGAUUA